UUUCCCGGUGUGAGGAUUCAGUGGCGUGACGGUGUCUUAUAACCCGCCUCCUGUCCAGGGCUUCGACGACUUGAUCUUCGACCGCUAUGAAUCUCGAAGAGCUCCUCGCUAUGGAGCCGAAUUCCGACCGCGACAAUAUCGUCGACUUGCGCUCCUUAGACCAUGUCUCAAGUUACGAUGACCAUCUGAUGUGCCCGAUCUGCCACUGUCCCUUCAUCCGUCCGGUCCGUUUGCAGUGCGACCAUGUGUUCUGCCAGAAAUGUCUCAACAGCGCCAUCACCAGUUUUGCCGCCGGUCGCGACGAGUUCACCUGCCCCAGUUGCCGAACACCGACCAAGGGCAUCUACCUUAACGUCCCCCGAUUGUUGAUCAACAUGUGCGAUGACAUCCGCGUCAAGUGCCCGUUUGCGGAAGAGGGAUGCAAGGAAAUCAUUCCUCGCGGCCAUGUCCAGUCUCAUGUGGACAAAUACUGCGGUUAUAGACUGGUGGACUGCCCGGGUACGCUAUGCGACAAGAAGUCCCGGAAGAAGGACUUGCAUCCCGACCGCCGAUGCAUGCAUGAACUUCACAAGUGCCUGCGCUGCGAGGAGGAGAUUAUGGAACAGGAUUUUGAAGUGAACAUGUGAAAGAACUUUGCCCUAGCCUUAAGACAACGUGCCCCGACUGCCAGACGACGGUGUUUCGAAAGGCUCUGAGGGAACAUAUCGAUGCCUGCCCCGAGG